UAGGCGGAAAAGCUGAUUGGAUAGCCAGUCUGUCUGUCAACCUCACGUAUGCACGACACAGCGCGGUUUGUGCUUAUUGAGCGUGCGCUAACAGAAAAAGAGGAGGAUCCCGCACUGAGUCCUUUAUUUAUUUCUUUGUGUUCAGCGGGGGGGAAUAAUAAUAACAACAGCAGCACACACCACAGGCAUUUUAUUUAUUAUCAUUGUAAGUAUACGCAAGAAAACUGGAUAAGAUUACAGCUGUUACUCGAAGGCCGAAGCCAAGGGGAGGAGGAUGAAGCGGCGCAAUGCGGACUGCAGCAAACUAAGACGGCCGUUAAAACGGAACCGAAUCACCGAGGGGAUAUACGGCAGAGUCUUGUUGGGCCUGGGGGGUCUGCUGGUGCCUAUCUUCAGCGGUCGAAAUAUGGGGUAUGCCAUGGAAACAGGGCGCCAGUCCAUUAUAGGGCAACAACAGAUAACAUUUGUACCUUCCUGUACCUGAAGUUCCUGGUCGUGUGGGCUCUGGUGCUGCUGGCAGAUUUUGUGCUUGAGUUCAGAUUUGAGUACCUCUGGCCGUUCUGGCUCUUCAUGCGGAGUGUGUACGACUCCUUCAGAUACCAGGGACUGGCAUUUUCAGUAUUCUUUGUUUGUGUGGCGUUUACCUCGGACAUCAUUUGCCUCCUCUUCAUCCCGGUGCAAUGGCUCUUCUUCGCUGCCAGUACCUAUGUGUGGGUGCAGUAUGUUUGGCACACCGAGAGGGGUGUGUGUCUCCCUACUGUGUCUCUAUGGAUACUAUUUGUGUACAUAGAGGCAGCCAUCAGAUUCAAAGACUUGAAAAACUUCCACGUGGACUUGUGUCGUCCUUUUGCUGCACACUGCAUUGGCUAUCCCGUAGUCACAUUGGGCUUUGGCUUCAAGAGCUACGUUAGUUAUAAAAUGCGUCUUCGGAAGCAGAAGGAGGUGCAGAAGGAGAACGAGUUUUAUAUGCAACUGCUACAGCAGGCUCUGCCUCCAGAGCAACAGAUGCUUCAAAGGCAAGAGCGAGAAGCAGAAGAAGCAGCAGCUAAAGGAAUAUCUGAAGUGGACACACCUUCAGUGUCACAGAAUGGCGCCCCAGCCAAUAAAAAGGCAUCUGUGCCUUUACCAGAGUUGGAAUAUAAAGAAAAAGGGAAAGAAGGAAGAAGCGGCGGGGAUACUAAAAAGCAACAAAACAGCAUCCUGCCAUCAUCGGUGGACUCUAAACUCCAGGAGGUGGAGUACAUGGAGAAACAUAUAAACAACAAGAGACUGACCUCAGAGCUGGGCAGCACGGAGAACCUGUUGCUUAAGGAGGACACCAAUUCCUCGUGUUCAUCUUCAUCAUCCUCCUCCUCCUCCAAAAAUUACAAAAAUUCAAACACCAACGCCGCAAAUCUCAAUUCCUCGUCGUGCAGCCACAGCGCCACCAACGGCAGCGUGCCCUCCUCAGCACAGCCGCCUCCCACCGGGAAGAACGAGAAGAAACACAAAAUAACGGUGGGGAAAGGGACAUCAGGUGGUUCCCACAGGGAUCCCACAGACAACUGCAUCCCAAACAACGAGCUGAAAAAGCCAGAAGCACUUGUUAGACUGGAGCAGGACAUUAAAAAGCUGAAGGCGGACCUGCAGGCCAGCCGGCAGGUUGAGCAGGACCUCCGCAGCCAGAUUGGCUCGCUGGGCAGCGCUGAGCGCUCCAUACGCACUGAGCUGGGCCAGUUGCGCCAGGAAAAUGAGCUGCUGCAGAACAAGCUUCAUAAUGCUGUGCAGGCAAAACAAAAGGACAAACAGACAGUUGGGCAACUAGAGAAGAGGCUCAAAACAGAACAGGAGGCCCGAGCUGCUGCAGAGAAGCAGCUCACAGAAGAAAAGAAGAGAAAGAAAUUAGAGGAAGCCACGGCGGCCAGAGCAGUAGCACUGGCAGCAGCGUCUAGAGGGGAGUGCACAGACACGCUGCGACGGCGAAUCACUGAAUUAGAAGCAGAGGGUAAAAAGUUAACAAUGGACAUCAAGCUGAAAGAGGAGCAGAUACGAGAUCUUGAAAUAAAAGUUCAGGAACUUCAUAAAUAUAAAGAAAAUGAAAAAGACACAGAAGUGCUGAUGUCAGCGCUGUCAGCGAUGCAGGAUAAGACUCAGCACCUUGAAAACAGCCUGAGCGCAGAGACCAGGAUCAAACUGGACCUCUUCUCUGCACUUGGAGAUGCCAAGAGACAGCUGGAGAUUGCACAAGGUCAGAUCCUUCAGAAGGACCAAGAGAUCAAAGACCUGAAGCAGAAGAUAGCAGAGGUUAUGGCCGUCAUGCCCAGCAUCUCUUACACAGCCGACACCACCAUCAUGACCCCCGUGGCCCCCCACUACUCCUCAAAGUUCAUGGACACCAAUCCCUCCAGCCUGGACCCCAACGCUUCUGUUUACCAGCCCCUCAAAAAGUGAACGCUUUUUCCCCUUUCUGUUUCUGUUCUUUUCUGCUCCUCCUUCCCUCCAUCAACCCUCCCUACACCUUUACUGCUCCUGCAAGCCCUGUCAUGUCGCAGCUAAGAACUCAAGUUUUCGUCUGUUCUCUCUUUUUGCCAGGUCAGGUGGAUGUUGUAUUGUGUGACUGUGUUUGUUGUAGUUAAAACAAAAGACAAAAAAAACCCAAAACAACUUGAAGACUGACUUCCCUGGAAAAUUAGGAAAGCCUCGGUUGUUUUUAUUCAAAUGCCCAGUGAAACCUCACAGAUUCAGGCGUGUAUCUUCAUCCCAAGGGUGCUGCUCCCCCGUCACUGCAACCUUCUACCACCUCUCGGGCCCCCGGGGAGAAGCAGUUUCUUUCACUUCAUUAUUCUCUGAUUCAUAUCCCUGUUUAUUUGGCAGUUUGUUGUUGCAACAUUUGUACAACCAGAGGAACGACUAAUCUUUUACUCCAAAACCAGACACAAAAAUUAGCUUUCUGCUGCUUUGUUGUUUUCUGUCACCCAAGCACCUUUUCUUUAACAGUUGAUGCCAAAAAAAAUGCCUUUAUGAGACAUUUGGUAGGAGAACCUUGAUUAGGACUACUAUAGUUUCAGUUUUUUCUCAAAACAGUUAAAUGUAUAGAACAUGAUCUUUUCUUUUAAAGAAAUAAAGGCAACAAUUAUUUCUACUACCCAAUCUACCCUUUAAAAUAUUUCCACACAGGUGAACUUUUCUUUUCCUGCAGUGGACAAGUGUAGCAGCCUUCUUUCAGCCAGCUGACCUACAGUUCCCAGUAACAUUUUGUGCUUCUUUACGCUUUAAACAGCUGCAGAAAACUCACUUCCACACUUUUCUAAUAUCUCAUUGAAGGGACUUUCAAGCAUAAGAACAAUGUGAUGGUAAAUUGUAAGCCUUUUUUUAAAAGCUCAGUAUACAUUGAGACUGCUAGUUAGACCAUGCCUGCUUGUAUGAUGACCCGUCGGUGCUCUGCAUGAUCUCAGAGCAUCGAGGGGUGGACAAAACGCGACCCAAAGCUUUUCAAAUAGUUGUGAAAUACUUACCAAGCUACCACCACAGUUCAUCUGUGAUGCCGGAAACCCAAAAUCUUUCAGUUCUCCAUGUUGAAAACCACAAUGAUGAGCAAAGCGGCAGUAGGACCAAAAUUUGAAAUUCCAAACUAAUAUUUCAAAUAAAAUAAUCCAGCGUUCCACUUCAGAGACAGUAAUGCCCCUUUUUCUUUAUUGUGUUCAAAGAAUGUACUUCAAAUACAUCGUCAAAAAUCUAGCUGAAAAUCACUCAGCAAAAUCUAAACCAGGCAGAGGAUUUGGUCACCUGUUGUGUUGUAAGCUAUAUAUUAAAAUUGAAAUAACGUUUUAGUGAAAGUUGCGGUGUUUGCAAUCACAUUGCUCCCAGCUCUGGUGUUCUUGUUGCCCCCUGCCCCCUUCCACAGGGAGAGAAAUAUGCUCCAGUCUGAUGUGGUUUCACCAUCGCCUGACAUGAUGAUCAUCAUAUGGUUUCGUUCACCUACUGUAUUUGUAGAAGCAUUCGCUACCUUGUUUUCCGACUCAGAUUGCAUUCGUCAGCUUCUUGGAAAACGUUGUGAAAACGUUGUGAAAAUGACAGUUCACUCAGUUCUGCCAACUGAUUGGUUGAACGCAGACAGAAGUUAUUUUAUUUGUUUUUUGUUUUCUAUGCCCACAGUCACAGUUGUUUUCUCCAGGUCUGACCUUGGUUGCGCUCUCAUUCUGUGAGGUUUACAGGAAAUAAAUUUUUUUUCUUGCAAACUUA